UAACCUGUCAAAUAAAUAACAACAUUUGUUGAUAUGGAAUUAUUAUUGCGCAUGUAAUUUACCACUUGCGUCAACAGUCCUGGCAAUUUGUUACCUCCAAAUGCACCUCCUGUAUCUUGUGCCAUAUUUACAAUUAUCAUAAUGGACGUACAUCUACUUGGCGUUUGGGAUUAUGUUGUGAUUUCUACAGUUUUACUUAUAUCAUCCGGAAUCGGGAUUUAUUGUCGCUUUACUGGCGGUAAACAAAGCACAGUUGGGGAGUAUUUGUUCGCCGAUAGUAACAUGCAUGUUGUACCAGUUGCAUUUUCCUUGAUGGCAUCGACGGUGUCUGCGAUUUCACUUUUAGGAAAUGCAAGUGAAAUUUACACGUUUGGGCUGCAGUUCAUUAUAUUGUUUUUUGGCUACGUAAUCGUCGCGCCUAUUGCAUCUUACGUGUACUUGCCAAUAUUUUUCCAAUUGCGGGUGACAAGUGUAUAUGAGUAUUUGGGAAAGCGAUACGGAACAAUAGCAAGACUGAUUGGUUCCCUUGCGUACAGUUUGCAAAUGAUUUUCUACUCAGGACUUGUGUUGUACGCCCCCGCACUUGCUCUAGAAGCGGUCACUGGAUUGUCGAAAAACGUUGCAAUUUUAAGCAUUGGUUUGGUUUGCACUUUUUAUUCGAGUAUCGGCGGUAUGAAAGCCGUGAUUAUAACCGACGUAUUUCAGUCGUUACUUAUGUUUGGAGCACUAGCUAGUAUACCGAUAUUUGCAAUACGGCAAAGUGGAAGUCUCGCAGAAAUUUGGAGAGUUGCGAAGGAAGGGAACAGAACUGAUUUGUUAAACUUUGAGAUCGAUCCCACAGUCCGACAUUCUUGGUUUUCGCUCAUAAUUGGUGGAGGGAUAACAUUUCUAUCGCAGAAUUGCGUGAGUCAAACGCAAGUGCAAAGAUAUUUGACGGUGAAAGAUUUGAAAAGAGCACGACAGGCACUCUGGUUGCAGUUUCCCAUCAUCGUAGGUCUCAAUCUAUGUACAUCACUUUCCGGAUUGGCCAUAUACGCGAGGUACUACGAUUGCGAUCCAGUUUCUAACGGAAGUAUUACCUCUUCCGAUCAGUUAAUGCCCUAUUACGUUGUUGACUCAACGGGACACAUUCCUGGAUUAAGUGGACUCUUUGUCGCCGGUAUAUUCAGCGGAUCGUUAUCUUCAUUGUCAUCGUCACUGAAUUGUUUAGCAGCAGUCACUUUGGAAGAUUACUUAAAACCCGUCUACCACAAACUCACCGGUUCUCACCCUACCGACAGUCAAUUAUCCUUCUACAGUAAAGCCAUAUCGUUUGGUGGUGGCAUUAUAUGCAUAGGUUUUGCGUUUCUAGCACAACUUUUAGGGGGAGUUCUACAAGCUGCUUUAACUGUAAUUGGGAUACUCGGGGGGCCACUUCUGGGGAUAUUUACUUUGGGUAUGUGUACAAUCAAUGCUAAUCAAAAGGGUGCGAUAAUGGGGUUCUUCAGCGGGUUGACCGUUUGCCUUUGGGCUGCAUUUGGUCGCCCAAGGCCCGGUCUUCCCAAACUGCCUGUGCGAGUAGAUGCUUGCCAUCAAAUCACUGCUCAGCAUAAUGUAUUACAAAAUGAGAGUCGUGAAUACUUUUGGUUAUAUCGCUUGUCUUACCUUUAUAAUGGUUUCAUUGGUUUUAUAUGCACGUUGGUGGUAGGAUUUAUGGUAAGCUGGAUAAGUAACAAAUUCACCGGGUUAGCAUUGGAGAAUACCGAUCCUGAUUUAUUCGUGCCAUGCGUAGCUAGAAGAAUAAAGGAAAGGGUCAAGUGUAACCAAAUUAAUAUGAGGAGCCUAUAAAUAAUAAUGGAUUCGGUUGGAUUAUAAUUUAUUUUACCCAAAAUCGUCCUGAAACCUUCAUUUUUAUGCCUACUUUAUGUCGGGAAAGUGUUAGUUUUUAUGACGGAGGCAGACCAGUGUACUCUUCCUGCCGCCUGUCACUUUACCUGCCGCACCUGUCACAUUGCUAAAUGUCUAUAAUGACUCCUGUCAUCAUUGACAGAUUGACAUUAAUCAAAAGUUCUAUAUGAAAAUUGAAAUUUUAUGUUAAAAUACCAUUUCGGGUAAAAUUUAAAACAAAACUCGUCAGUAAAAUGACAUUACUUGACUCGAAAAUUAAUGUACUCGCCCUCAAAGGGCCUCGCACUUCAGUAUUUCCUCGCCAGUAAUGUGUCAUUUUCUUGACUUUUAUGUAAAUAACUUUUAAAUAGAAUUUUAAUUUCAUAUUUGAUUUCCAUAAUUUUUUCUCGUUUCCUUCACUUCACCAAAUUUUUCAAAAUUUUAACACAAAAUUAUGAACAAUCAUGGGAUUUCUUUGGGGUUCCCAAAACUGUCUCCGGGAUUCCCUCAGAUUUCUUUGAUUCACGAGAGCUUCCUGAACUGGUUUGGUUCUUCUAUUCCUGUACACCGAUUCCUUACCACGAUUUGAUCGGCGGAUUACUCAAACAAUUAAAUUAGCAGUCAUUUUUAAGCAUCACUAGCGGUUAGGUACCAAAAAAAAAUCGAAUUUGCUUGGUUGCUAAAAAUCUUGUGUAACAUGGGGAAAAUGAUUAUUAAAUUUCACUCCAUUUCAAGGGGCGAUAAAAAAAAUUGCCAAUCCUUAAAAUCUUUUCAAAACUUAAAGAACAUGCAAUAAAUAAUGUUUUAAAGAGUAAAAAAUCAUUGCACGCAUGAGCUCUUAGCUGCCCUCCAUUGUUCAGCCCCGUAGCUAAAAAGCUUACGAAGGAGCGGCAAGCUUAUAAUUAGAGGGGGCAAAAGCGACAUCUGAGUUAUUUUAUUAAUAAAAUAAUGUAACGUAAAUUUAAAUACGUAGGUAGAUUAUAUAUUACAGCUAAAUAACAAUAAAUUUAUAACGGCCUUAAAA